AAGACAUUUGUGAUCUGUGAGAAAGAAAAGCAACGAAUGUUAUCUGUGCACUGCGAAUCUAUCCAUCUCUCGUUUUCAUUAGUUUUGUUAAAGCCAGAAUGCGUUAGUUGUUUGCAUUUUUGUAAAAUUUGACUAUUAAACUUACGUUUGGUUCUGGUCUUUGUUUGACGUUCCUAGCAAACCAUAUGUUUUGUGGAUACAAUGUUUAUGGUAACGAUGUUCGCAACAACUUGUAAUGUGAUAACCGUUAGCGUGUUGCUGAGUGAAGCGAGAUCACAUCGGCUGACACCUCUGCGAUGAUAAUAUACGCCACUAGCCAUGAUCGCUAAUCUACCGUUGCUUUUUGCAAACGGCAACCCAAUAGCGGUAUCAACAAUAUCAGCUUCACAGCUCGAGAAGUUCAUAACGUUUAUGGUAACAUGUUCUUGGGGCCACGACACCGCCAAAGACAUUCGCCAACCACCAUGGUGGCCGGAAGAUGUGGAAUUUUCUCAUCCCUUUGUAAAGCCAGAGCAAGUACCGCAGGAUUGGGAGACACGUCUAAAGAACCUUGUAAGGCGAUGUUACAAUCAUCACAAGAGCGCUUUUUUACUUGUGUUUUCUGCACAUCUCGCGCGCUUACCGAGAAAACGGCUAAGGUUAGUUGACAAUCGAGAUCACACUACGUCUAUGUACUACAGGCCAAGUGGACGGCUUCUAGUAACUUUUAGAAAUGAGAAUCUUUUUUAUGACAGAGAAGAGUCAGUCGAAAAAGAGGAAUCGCAUGUCAAAUCUGCUGACAUAUAUCUGUGUGACAAUUGUGAUAGUCAUUUUGACAAUUUACAUACAUUACAAGCACAUGAGAGGCUUUGCAAUAAUGAAAUCCCCACUACUACAUGUAAUAGGGGCCUGGCAGAAUUUAUGUCUGCAUUGAAACUGCAGUCAACAAAACAAAUCGCCCAUGGUGCUAGUUCAAAUAAUAUCAACAUAGAUACAAAACCUAAGAAUUCUCGAUCAGCUGCCAAUGUUGAUAGAGGUCCUCCCUUCCCAUUUUCCUCCUUAGCUUAUAUGAGGAAUGCUAAAACUAAUGUUCAGAGAGAUUCCACUUAUUCUAGAGAAAGAAUUGAAAGAUUUUGUUGUACAACGACUCCUUUGAAUAAAAAUGUAGUUAGCAAAAGUAGAAAUCAAUUCCCAAUUAGGUAUAGAAGGCCUAUAGAUUAUUGGCACAGAACACACAUAUUUCCAAAUCAAAGAAAUAAGAAGUUACUGGAUGUGAAAGGACAACUACUAUAUCUUAAGUGUAGACCUGUAUCUGUGAAAGUUGAAAGAAUGUCAUUAAAGAGUAUGACAGACUAUAUUGAAAAACUCAAGGAGGAAUCUGAGAGUAAAAUGUAUGUAGUAGACAAAGAUAUAGUGUAUGUUGAUGGGUUCGACUCUGAUCAUGCAGCAGAAGCAGAUGUGAGGAGUGCAGAUCCAUUAAAGAGACUUGAUAAUGAUUGUGAAGUGAUUGACUUGUGUUCGGAUGAUGAAGGACCUAGUGGAAAUGAGAACUGUGAUCCACGUGCUGGUAUUACAUGUGUAAUGAGAGGUGGUGCUGUGCUGCGUCGGGCUGCGGCGACACCUAAUGCCCUGCCAGCGGAGCCUUGCGGAGCACGCCAGCGCCCCCUCCCGGCAAUCCAACACCUGCCUUCCGCUGUGCUGCAGCCACACCCUGUGAUUCUAAUCGCUCAUACUUUGAACAAUUUACAGACUAUAACUUUAGAAUGAAUUUUAUAUUGUUUUACCAGGGAUAUUUUUUUAUUUAUUGCCAUCAAGCUUUUGUCUAAAAAGAUGUUAAGGUUGUCACAUUGUUAAAAGGACCUCACCUUCUAAGUUCAUUUGGGGCUAAUAUCUGCUGCAAACCAGAUGGGCAUUUCAUUUUGAUAACUAAUUUAUAUCUGAAUCACUCAAUCAGCACAGCUUACACCGCGUCGACUACGAGGUGUGGAGGUACUGGGUUGGCAAGGUCCUUUUAAUUGUGUGACAACCUUUAGUCAUCAAAAAAGUUUUUGCUUUCGAGUUGGAAAAAGACCAUACAGUUAAAACUCAUAUUUGAAGCUUUCUUUAAUUUGUGAUAUUAAUAGCUGACUCUUGUAGGUCAAGAAACAAAGCUUACAAUAUUUUAAAUAUAUUGUUUUUCAUUUAUGAAACUGAUUAUGAAUGUGUAGUUAAUAAUUAUCUAUUUUCAGUUUUGUUUACAUUAUUUAUGUUAAACUUUGACAUUUGUAAAAAUCUUUGUCUAUGGCUGUGUUCAAUUCAAAUUUAUUGUCAGCAAUUGGUUGUGAGCAAUAUAACUCAUUGUUUUUAAAAGGUUUUUUUGACCAUCUAUACAAUCCCUAUGCUGUGUUAUGCAUAGUCACUAAACAAAAAUGCAAUAUGGUUAAAACACACUGCAAUUUUGUUUUACAAUUAAUAAAGUAAACAGCUGAUAAUAUAUUUCAUGUGAACAUGGCCUAAUAUGUAAGAUGAUGUCUAUGGCUCCUGUACAUUAAAACUAAUUUGCAGUAUUAAAUUUCCAAAUUUGAACAAUUAUACAAGCACUUAUUUAUUUUGUUUAACAUACUGUACAAUAGUUUAGCAGUUAUUCCUUUAUUUAUACAAAUGUGAAAAGGAGUUAAUUCUUAUUUAUGCAACUCUUAACUUAUGUAAAAAGAUCAAUAGUUAA